AAUAGUUAAGGUUUAGUGAGGUUGGUAAGCCUGGUCUCUUUCCCAGGCCUCCAUUAAAGCCUCCAUAUAAAAAUGGUGAGGUUAACUUAUCGUAGGCGUCUCUCCUACAACACCACCAGUAACAGGAGGAAAAUUGUGAAGACUCCUGGUGGUCGCCUGGUAUAUCACUAUAAGAAGAAACCCGGUAAGGCUCCAGCAUGUGGAGAUUGCAAGACGAGGCUACCUGGUAUUGUUGUUGCCCGACCUCACGAGCUCCAUCGCUUGUCAAAGCGUGUUAAGAGAGUGGCUCGUGCUUAUGGAGGUAAUCUCUGCCAUAAGUGUGUCCGUGAGAGGGUGGUGCGAGCGUUCCUGAUCGAGGAGCAGAAGAUUGUGGUAAAGGUUUUGAAGGCCCAGAAAGCUGCAACAAAGGCAAAGUAAAAUGUAUUGAAUAAAGAAAAAA